AUGGUUCCUGGUGGUGGCGUGCCAUGGCUUCGCGACGAUGGAUCUGGCAGGUCAGGGCCCAAUUGGAGGUCGACGAGUCGAAGGGGUCGAGGGCAAGACAUUUUGCAGACGCUGAUUGCCUUGGGCCCACAUCCCUCGCAAUCCGCGGUCGGCACGGCCUGUCGGCCCUGCUUCCACUUCUGGCGCAGCAAUCCCCGGGCGGCCACCGCAGUCCUCACGGGCCUGGCGAAGCGUGCCCUGUGGGACGUGUCGACCAAGGUCCUCCGGCUGAUGCUGGAAGAAGGAGUGGACGUGAACCACUUCCAUUUCACCAGCGUCAUCAGUGCAUGUGAGAAGAAAGGCAAGUGGGACAUCGCGCUUUCAGUGCUCAGCACCAUGAAGCAUCGCCUGGUACUGCCAACCGAAGUGACCUACAAUGCGGCCAUGAGUGCUUGUGGCAAAGGGGGUCAAUCAUCUGUGGCUGUGGAUCUGCUUCGGGAGAUGCCAAGUGAGGAUCUGUUCCCUGAUUCCAUCAGCUACAACACCGCCAUGAACGCCUGCGCCUUCUCCGGUCUGUGGCAACUGGUUUUGGCACUGCUGGAGGAGAUGAAUCUUAAAAAGCUGCCGAAGAGUGUCAGUACCUAUGGAAGCGUUUUGACCACCUGUGCUUCUGCGAAGCAGUGGCAGCUGGCCUUCGCGACUUUGAGGCAAAUGGACGCGCAGUUGGUUGUGCCAGACACAGCAUGCUACAGUGCGGUGAUCACGGCCUUGGAAAAUCGUUGGGAUGAUGCAGUUCAGCUACUGAGAGAAAUGAGUACAGAAGCUGUGGAAGUGGAUGAGAUUUGCUUCAACAGCGCCAUCAGCGCCUGCUGCAGCUGCAUGCAGUGGCCCAAGGCCAUGGCUUUGACGUUGCAGAUGGAGGACUCCCUAUGUGCUGCCAACGGCAUCAUUUGGGGCACCGUGGCCAGCGCCAUGGCACCCGAAGAUCGGGAAGCGCUGGCAGAGCGCUUGCGGCGGAGAUGGCGCGGGAACUGGCAGGAGGUGAAGCUAAUGCCGGAGGUCUUCAAGGCAGAUGCCACUGGCCUGCGCGUGGUGCGUCGGGCUGCUGGCAUGCUGGCCUUCUACAAGCCCGCUGGGGUCAGUAGUGAGGCGGCCGUUGCCAGCCUAUCCCACCGCCUGCGGCUGCCGCUGACGCGCGCCUCGCGUUUGGAUGGCGACACCAGCGGCGUGCUGCCAGUGGCGCUGGGGAAACUGACGUCGCCCAGUGGCUGUUGGUUGAAUUUCCAGUUUGCGGCUCGCAUGGUCUCCAAGGAGUACGUCUGCCUUUGCUCAGGUGAGCCGUUUGGGCCGCGUGGUACCACAGGAGUCAUCAGCAGCCCUUUGUUGAGCGAAACGUUGGCAUCUGCGGAUCCUUCAGGUUCGACUCUGCGGGUAAGAUGGGCCAAAGAGGGCAAGGAGGCGCGGACGGAGUAUGAAGUCAAGGAUCUUCUGCCAAUUCCAAGUGCCAUGCUGAGCGAUCUCCCUCGCUCCACUUCGCUCGGGGUCGAGUUUCCUUUGUCGUUGCUUUUGGUGAAGCCCUUGACAGGCCGCACGCAUCAGAUCCGUGCCCAUUUGGCAGGGCUGGGGCGUCCCGUAAUGGGGGAUCCGCUCUAUGGUGGUUAUGUGGCCAAGUGGUGCCCCCGUUUGUUCCUCCAUUGCUACCGCCUGCUGCUUCGCGAUUUGGACAACCAGCCCUUCAACCCGGCUGCGUCGUUGGCCCCUGAGCUGAACCGCACCUUAGAAUUGCUGCGAGGGGUAAAAGAACAUCGAAAGCGGCGCUCGGUGGAGGGCUCCGCAUGGCAAGGGAACCUCACCAUCUUCGGAAGAUCAGAAGUGGGCUUGGGAAACAACCUGCCAGAGUUCAGCCAUAUCUUUCUGGGCCGUGUCAUCGCCAACCUCCCGCCAAGCUGGCGACCGGUGAUGGGAAACUCUGCCUGCUGCACAGGGACUGAGGCGAGCACGGAUCAUGAUCUGAAAGAGGUCACGCGCAAGGACGCCGCCCCUGGUGUUGCAGACUUGCCAGGCCCAGACGUGAAUGCCCCGGUGGCCGCCCAGGGCUCCGCUGGGGACUACACCAUCUUCUUGGACAAGUCCACCGGCGCUCGUCUGAGCAUCGAUGUGGACCACAAGGACGGCGAGACGUUGCUGAUCGAAGUGAUCAACCCAGGGUUGGUCCAGGAUUGGAAUGAGAAGGGUGCGAAUCAGGACAAAGUUCAUGUGGGCGACCGCAUCAUCGAGGUGAACGGCAUCGCCAAGGAUGUUUUGCAGCUGGUGGAUGAGUGCAAAAAGAAUCAGGUUCUGACUUUGAAGCUUCGUCGGGGAUGA